AUCGCACUUGACAAACAUACCUAAAGGUUAGGCUCAGAAAAAUAAAGAAAUGAUGUGCCUAAGAUUCACAAGCGUGGCCCUUUGGCUUUUGCUCUCUUUGGCUUCUCUGAGGGACUCCAUUGCUAUUAACCACCAAGAGAUUGACGCGCUGGCAAGUAGUCAUCAUGCCAUAGAACUGAACAAAAAGGAACUCCAAGUCGAGGCGGAGGCAGAAGUGGUGACCAGAAGGAAAAUAAUGCUGAGAGGAAGGAAGAUGGGGGCGAAAGACGAGAUGAAGAAGGAGAAGAUCACAGGAAAUGGCGUGCAUUCUCCAAACAAAUUUGGCUCAGCAGGCACAAGUUAUAAGACUCAAGAUAAUUUUUCCUCAAUGCACAAGCUGGAAGCUUUUGAGCCAGAAAAUUUUCCAAAUGCUGAACAAAAUGAAUCCUCUGCUGCUAAAGUCUCUCCAGCUGAAAGUACAGAGGAUGAGCUCUACAAUUUGCUGAACGAGGAUUACACUAGAGGUCACAAGAAAUCCCCAAUCCACAAUCUUCAAACCUUGAAGGAUAGUGAUAUUGUUGGAGUCCCUUAA